GCAACAGCAGCAGCAGCAGCAGCAGCAGCAGCAGCAGGAAGAAGGGAGGGCUAUAGUACGAACGCUAGCGUCUGUUAGCGUCUGCGAGCUGAGCGUCUGCGCUCGUACGUCCACGUUAGUUACCGCAUCAGUUGCCUCGCUGCACGCAGUGAGUCCGCGUCUGCUAUCAUCAAACACAGACGCUGCUCGCACAUACAGUGCUGAUCUCUCGUCUGCGCCUGUGUGUCCCGGGUGUGUGCGCGUGUGCUCCGGCAUCCGGUUGUUAUGGAAACCAGCACUCGGUGAACAAGCUGCUCUUCGGAGAGAGGGCUUCCGUGAGAUUACAGGGUGGACGUCGGUUACCAUGGCGACGGGAUAACAUAGGAUACGGAUGUGACCAAUGGCAGCUGCGCACGGCAUAAAGAAACUGUUCGCGUCGUCGAGUUUCUAUGACGACAGCGAGCACAGCUUCCCGACGAUCAAAGAACAGCUGCAGCUAUGCCAGCAGGUGGCGCUAUCGCUGACGUCACCGCGCAACCGCGGCACGCGCGGAUCUCAGAUGUUCGAUAAGCGCCGAUACCGCGCGCCCAAGUGGACGAUCGAGAACCAACCGCGCAGCAACAUGGCCGCCGCCGCCGCCAGCGACGAUGGCUCCCACUUUAGUUUCCGCAUACCCAAGAUGGCGGCGGGAGUUCAUGAGCCGGAGAUCACGCGCGACGGGCUCCCGCGCUGCGUCGUCCGCCCCAGCGUGUUCUCGGACCGCGACGGCGCGUUCUCCGUCAACAUGGACGAGGAGUCGACCGCCGACCCGUACAAGUGCUUCGAGCUGUCGCGAAAACUCAAGAUGGCGUCGGAGGGUCGCGGGGCGCGCAUGUUCGCGGGGAAGGUCGCCGACGGCGAGCGCUGGGUGCACGACGAGACGUCGGCGCCGCCGCCGCGACGCGGGGCCGCCGCCGCGGUGGCGCGACCGAGCGAGGUGAAGCUGGGCGACUUGGCGGGGUUGGACGAGUACGUGCCGGAUCUUACGGGAGGUGGCAAGGUGGAGUGGGGAGAAACGUACAAUGUCGUGCCGAAGGGCUGGCAGGCGGCGACACCAGCAGCAGCAGCAGCAGCAGCAGCAGGAGCAGCAGGAGCAGAGCGCGGAGGCAGAGAGGAGGUGAGAGCGCAACCAGGUGAACCUCUGCAGGUGCUCAUCCCAGACGCGUUGCCUAGGAGAUCAGGAGCUCCUGGCACGCCGCCCGUGUCCAGCCCCGUGGCGCCUCCUUGGGGCGGCCAGCAGCAACAGCAGCAGCAGCCGUUCGUUCCGGCGUCCGAGAGGGGUCCGGAAUCGGACCCACUGUUCGGGGGUCCGCAGCAGCAGCAGCAGCAGCAGCAGCAGCCGCAGCGCAUCCAGACGCAGGCAAAGACACCGUGGAAUCAGCCUCCCCAGCAGCAGCAGUACAAGAAGGGGCGAUCAGAGAAGAUAGAUAUAGCUGAGGAGGUCGGGGAAGCAGUGAAACCAAUAACGAAGCGCUGGCCACCUACACCCGAGCCGGUAGAUGGCGCUGCGGAGCAACAGGUGUCGCCAGCUGCUGCGCAGAUACACGUGCAGGCCGUGCACAUGCAGCCAGGCUCGCACCAAGUCAUACAGGUCCAGCCUACUUACCAACAACAGCAGCAGCAGCCUCAGGCUGUUUCCCCGGGGCAGUGGAGACCGCAGGCAUCACCUCAGCAGGCGCAGCCUUCUCCUCCAUCCUGGAGGGCCCAACCUUCCCCUCCCGCCGCACACGAGGCGGCUCCGUGGAGGCCGCAACCCCAGCAAGCGCCCGCCCCCGCUGCUGCUCCGGCAAGACAGCAGCCAACGACCGGUGGCGCCCCCUGGAGGACUCAGCCACAAGCUAGAGGCCCCCAGCAGCAGCAGCAGCAGGCUCCGUGGGUGUAGACACCGCCGCACGGAUCCCCACCGGCAAGCCAGGUUAGUCUCAGCCCUCCCUGGAUGAGAGGUCAGCAGCCAGCAGCAGCAGCAGCAGCACCG